ACCAUAAAUUAAAGCAAACAUUUAACAGUCGUGAUGAAAAAUUUAAAUGCAAAUUACUACCAUAUAAAAAUCAAUUUUCAUCUCCAUAAAUACAAUACAAUUUCCAUCCACGCCUGAGUAGUUUCAAACUCCACCUUAACAAUGCAAAACAACCACGAAUUAUCCAUCGCUCCUCUGCAUACAAAUCGUCGCUAACCCUUGCUUACUCGACGUUGACGUUGCUUGUUUCGCAUAUGCGAUUCGUCGAGGUGUGAAAUAAAAAAAAAGGCUCGUCUCCUCUGUGAUUCAUGACCGACGAAAAUUAGCGAACGAUACUGUGAAAAACGUGAUUCAACAACCGAGCUUCCUUCGUGUAACAUAUAAUAUAUGUACUUCGGGUGUUCAACAAGUUUUUAGAAAACUUUAUUCAAAGUAAUAAUACAUUUAACAAUUUAUAGAAAAUUUUUGUCUCGUUCCAACUGCUACUUAAAUUUGGAACAUCUUGGAUACGAAUCGAGUUUUUUCACUUUAAAUAUAGAAAUCAUUUCUGAAGCUUUCGCAAACACCCCGUGUAAUUGAUGCCGUUGCUGAGCAAACAAGAAGCCAUGCUCGCAUUUUUAUCAAAGCAUUGACGCACGCGAGCUGUGGUCAUUGUCAUUGGACGAUGAUAUUCAAUCUGGAUGAAAAUUUUGUCGUUCGUUUUAUCGUGAACAAUGCGAAUUUCUCGUCAGGAACACAGUUAAGGUAGUUUAUUCUACUUUGACAAGAAUUAAAUGAAUAAAAAGUAUUCUUGAUCUUCGAAUCCAUUAAUCACCCAGUGGUGUGAAUUGGGAUUUGACAUUUUUCAAACAACAGUGACAAUAUUUUUUAUUUGAAGUUUCCUCAGAAAUCGAUUGAUAAUGUUUGAAUUAAUCCAGCACCUUAAUGUCUCAUCGGUCACCGAAGGAUUGAUUGGAAAAUUAAUUAAAGUGUUUUCGUUUUAUAUUGCGAUAAAUAGAGAAAAAUGUAAUGAUUAUGAAAGGAAAACAAUUUUUCCCCUUGAAAUUACUUAUCGAACGGGAUGCACAGUGGAUCUGUCUUAUCUCCUGGCGCUCGUUGUUAAACGUGAAAACUGGAACGGUGCUCGAUUGAAACUUAUCUGUAACAAUGCAAUCUGAAUACACCAGUGACGUCAAUGCUCUGUAAAAUAUGACUCUACUUGCAAAGUGAGUAAGUUACACGCUUCUUUUUCCUUCUGCCUGCUGUGUGUCCGAAGGCUGUGGCAGACCCUUCGAGCAAGGAGCAAACGAGACCUACCCAUAAUUCCAAUCAUAAGGAACAUCGAAGACAGAAGGAUGCUUCGGCAAGCAGCACCUAUAGUGCCUUUCGUCAGUGGCGAAGGAGCACAUCCAUGGGCUCGAAUCGAUCCAACAGUGUUGGAUCUAGUUCCACCAGGGCUCUUGCCAAACUUCCCAAUGAUUCAGCAACGAUACAGAAGAUGGAACAGUUCCCUUUGGUUCUCUCCGACGCAACUAUGCCAGACGAGGACCUCUCGUUAAAAUUUCUAGCAUUGAAUGCCUUGGAUUUAACAGCACCAGCCAGUGAUGUUCUGCUAAAGAACAGAUUAAAAUCCUGGUUCCAGUUGUCGGGACACCCGGACGGUUUCGCUCCGGCUGGACCCGGCACUGUUUGGAAGAGAAAAACAGGGGGAGCAGAAAAUACUGAAAGGAUCGUUUACGAAGCCCUCAGCAAAGACAAAGACCUACGGGACUGCAUACCAAGAUACUACCGAGAAGUGGAUUACAAAGGGGAGACAUUCAUCGAACUGCAGGAUUUACUCUUCGGCUUUAACGAUCCACACGUGAUGGAUAUCAAGAUGGGUACAAGAACGUUCCUAGAAUCCGAAGUGUCGAAGACGAUCGCGAGACCGGAUCUCUACCAGAAAAUGAUCGCUGUUGAUCCAAACGCGCCGACGAAGCAGGAACACGAACAACGUGCUGUGACAAAAUUGCGGUACAUGCAGUUCCGUGAACAACAGAGCUCGACCUGUAGUCAUGGAUUCAGGAUCGAGGCAAUGAAGUUACCUGGUGCACCACCGAUUACCGAUUUGAAGAAAGUAAAAUCCCAUCAGGAAGUUCUUGACACCAUGAAGCUGUUCUUGGGAACGCGUGAAACCACCCGCGUGAAACUAUUCGCACGGCUGAAGAGUCUCCGCGCCAAAAUUGAGGCAUCUGAAUAUUUCAAAACUCACGAAAUAAUUGGCAGCAGUAUCUUCAUGAUCUAUGACAACGACAAAGUUGGCGUUUGGUUGAUUGAUUUCGCCAAGACGCAGUCGUUACCAAAUGGCCAGAGGGUGACCCACAGAGAGCCAUGGGAACAAGGCAACCACGAGGAGGGAUUCCUCUUUGGUCUGGACAAUCUUAUUUCAACGAUAGAGGAAGUGAAUCUUUCAAAGGCGUAGUUUUUACGACAGUUUCUAUUAACGAAUCCACUUUUGUAAAUAUUUCAUUUUGGUCUCAUAACAAUCAUUUCUAUUUAUACUGAUAGACUAGAGAAAGAAUAUUUAAUCUUCUUCUUUCAUCUAGACAAAUACCUUCAUUUCAUUUUACAAGUAUGUUUAUAGUAUAUUUAAAGUUAUGUAAUAUUGACUUUUAUUUGGCUUAGUAUUUCUCAAAUUUCUGUGUAUUGUCCUGAUUCUCUCGUAAAAUAUUUAAAACAGUGAGACUGCAUUAUAUAUACAAAUUAUUUGAAAUAGUUUUUUGAUACACAAUGAUAUUUAAGGUAUUUGGAGUGGAAGACUGCUUGCUACUGCAUUUUUUCUAGGAAAUAUUUAAGCCCAUCGUGAAUUUUCUAAAUAACGCUAUACGAUAUUUUUAGCAUACGUACAAAGUUUACAUUGAUGUACAAAUAUAUUGUAAUUUGUUAGGCGUGAUCUUUAACAAUUAUUUAUGAAGACAAGAUAGGUUGUAAGAUCUUCGUAUAUUUUUAAUAAAAUACUCGUUAUUAUAAUUAUAAUUAGAAAUAUCGUUGUAUCUCUAACUCGUAAUUAAUGAAUUACUUUUUAACUGCCAAGAGUCUAAUUACACUGUCUAAAAAUGUUUCGAUAUCCAUCGGCCUUAGUUUUUAAAGAAAGUAAAUUUUUUUAUUUUUAAAUAAACUUAAAUUCGAAUGAAACUCUAUAAGAAGUACAUGGUGGAAAUCGGAAUAAUUUGUUAUUGGACAGUACUAUCAAUAGAAAUAUUUAUAUUAAAAUGAUUUUGUUUAAAGUGUAUAAAUUAUAUAAAAUGAAUUUUUUUUAUAGUAUCUAUCAAUGUAAUUUGCGCCAAUAUUUGCUUUUUGUUAUAUGCUCUAAGGUAUUAAAUGAGAGACAAAUAAUAAU